AUGCGGGCCGAGCUCUGGCUCCUCGUGCUGGUGCUCAGGGAGGCUGCCCGGGGGCUGAGCCCCCAGCCCGGAGCAGGUCAGGAUGCAGGCCGAGACUCUGGAGGGGCCGUCCAGGGGACCACCAUGCAGGGCUGGAAUCGGAGAGCCCGAGAGAUCCCUGGCCAGGUGUCAGAGCCGGACAGGACUCAGCUGAGCCAGGACCUGGGUGGGGGCACCCUGGCCAUUGACACACUGCCGGAUAACGGGACCAGGGUGGUGGAGGACAACCACAGCUACUACGUGUCCCGUGUCUAUGGUCCCAGCGAGCCCCGCAGCCGGGAGUUGUGGGUGGACGUGGCCAAGGCCAACCAGAGCCAAGUGAAAGUUCACCGAAUCCUCUCCAACACCCACCGGCAGGCUUCGAGAGUGGUCUUGUCCUUUGAUUUCCCUUUCUACGGGCAUCCUCUGCGGCAGAUCACCAUAGCAACCGGAGGCUUCCUCUUCAUGGGUGAUGUGGUCCAUCGGAUGCUCACGGCUACUCAGUAUGUGGCUCCUCUGAUGGCCAACUUCAACCCUGGCUGCUCCGACAACUCUACGGUUGCUUACUUCGACAAUGGGACAGUCUUUGUUGUUCAGUGGGACCACGUCUACCUCCAGGACCGGGAGGACAAGGGCAGCUUCACCUUCCAGGCAGCUCUGCACCAAGACGGCCGCAUUGUAUUCGGCUACAAAGAGAUCCCUGUGCCCGUCCUGGAAAUCAGCUCGUCCCAGCACCCGGUCAAAGCAGGCCUGUCAGAUGCCUUCAUGAUUCUCAAUCCAUCCCCGGACGUACCAGAAUCUCGGCGAAGGACCAUCUUCGAAUACCACCGUGUGGAGCUGGACCCCAGCAAGGUCACCAGCACAACUGCCGUGGAGUUCACCCCAUUACCAACCUGCCUGCAGCAUCGGAGCUGCGACACUUGCAUGUCCUCAGACCUGAUCUUCAACUGCAGCUGGUGCCAUGUCCUCCAGAGAUGCUCCAGUGGCUUUGACCGCUACCGCCAGGAGUGGCUGUCCUACGGCUGUGCCCAGGAGGCAGAGGGCAGGACGUGUGAGGACUUCCGGGACGAGGACUCCUUCUCGUCCUCCCCCGACAGCUCCUUCAGCCCCUUUGACGGAGACCUCACCACCACCUCCUCUUCCCUCUUCGUCGACAGCCUCACCACGGAAGAUGACACCAAGUUGAAUCCCUAUGCAGAAGGAGAGGGCCUUCAGAACAACCUGUCCCCCAAGACAAAGGGCCCCGCCUUGCACCUGGGCACCAUCGUGGGCAUCGUGCUGGCCAUCCUCCUCUUGGCGGCCAUCAUCCUGGCCGGGAUCUAUAUCAAUGGCCACCCCACCUCCAACGCUGCGCUCUUCUUCAUCGAGCGGAGACCUCGCCACUGGCCGGCCAUGAAGUUCCGCAACCACCUCAACCACUCCACCUACACAGAAGUUGAGCCCUCAGGCCACGAGAAGGAGGGCUUCGUGGAGGCCGAGCAGUGCUGAGAGCGCCAGGUCUCCCUUGGAAGGAAGACCCGGGGACCUCGGAAAACAUGAGUCAAAGCAAAGCAGAGAAGUGACUUUCCUUGGCCUCCUCUGAACACAUCCUGGCUGGGAAGAUGAGCCCAUGGUCUGUGGUGCCAGAGCUAUAGUUUGGCCAUCACAUCCCAAAUAUUGAAGCAGAAGGCAGAGAAGCAACCACAUUGAAUUUUUAAGGAGCAAUAACCUAAUUUCAUCCUGUUUUGACGCCAGGGGUCUCCCCUUCUGAGUCUCUCAAUGGUCUACUCUGUAGCUGCCUCAGAGGUGCCCUCCCACCUGGAGACGGCCAGAUGCCCUGCUCCGGUCACCUAGCGCCCCUGCAUAUGACACAAGAGAACCCAGCUCUAGAUUGGGGCUGCUGUAUUCCAGGGUCCACAGACUCAAGAGCUGGUCCUCAAGGCUAUGGAUUCAGCAUAUUUUGCCCCAGCUUCUGUGCUCUGGAAGUCUGAAGAAGGAGUUCUGUCCAUCU